GGUGAGGAGGCUCAUUCAAGACCUCCAGCUCUCUCCCGCGGAGCGCGUGCGAAACUUUGGCGGAGCAGAAAAUGGAGCGUGUUUCUUUAAGGCGUCCGACUGCCCGUCGCUUUGUGCUGCGGAGAGACUGACGCCCUGUGGACGGCGUAGCGGCGGCAGAGCACCGUCCUGGAGGAGACUGGGCAGAGACGCGGACCGCGGUGAAACACGCUCCACGCUUCAACUUAUCGUCUGGGUGUUCUUCUGCCGGUGCUGGUGAGCCGCCAGGAUGAGGCCGGGUCAGCUGAUCCUCCCCGCCGCCGCCACUGCUACGCUCCUCUUCCUCCUGUCGGGACUGUCGCUGACCCUCAGCUGCAACAAGGCCCUGUGCGCUAGCGACGUUAGCAAGUGUCUCAUCCAGGAGUUGUGCCAGUGUCGCCCCACCGAUGGAAACUGCUCCUGCUGCAAGGAGUGCAUGCUGUGUUUGGGGAACCUUUGGGAAGAGUGCUGCGACUGUGUGGGCAUGUGUAACCCGAAGAACUACAGCGACUCUCCGGCUACGUCCAAGAGCACCGUGGAGGAGCUCCACCGGCCCAUCCCCUCCCUGUUCCGCGCCCUCACCGAAGGCGACGCCCCCAUCAACAUGAUGGUGGUCUCCUUCCCGGUGGCCGAGGAGCUGUCGCACCACGAGAACCUGGUCUCCUUCCUGGAGUCUCUGGACAGCACGCAGCAGAACGUGUCGGUGCCUGGAAACAGCAUCCAUGCCUACGAUGCUCAAGAGAACAUGUGCACGGUGGUCUACUUUGACGACUGCGUCUCCAUCCGUCAGUGUAAACUUUACUGCGAGUCCAUGGGAGGGUCCAAGUACCGCUGGUUCCACAACGCCUGCUGCCAGUGCAUCGGCCCGGAGUGCGUGGACUACGGCAGCAAGGCCGUCAAGUGCAUGAACUGUCUCUUCUGAAGCACCAAAGGACGGGCAACUUCCUCCAGACCUGGGGGGUCCGGCUACCCUGUACAAAUGUUACCCGCCACGCGUUUUUGUUCUGCUGUCGUUGCUCUGUAUAUUUUUAGAGAUUUUUUUAGUCGCUGUGAAUAAUGUAUUUUUACACUUACUGUCGUUGCUUGCCAAAUAAACGUUUGGUGACACGC